AUGUGGGCAGCACAGAGAUUCCCUGGCCGGGGGGAGCCGCAGGGCAGGGAGCAGCUCCGAGCGCCGCUCCACGCUGCUCUCCGUGCCCGCAGGUUCUGCGGCGAGUGCCUGCAGCCCUGCCUCCAAGUGCCCUCCCCGCUGUGCCCGCUCUGCCGCAUGCCCUUCGAUCCCAAGAAGGUGGAGAAGGCCUCCAGCGUGGAGAAGCAGCUCUCGUCCUACAAGGCCCCUUGCAGGGGCUGCAGCAAGAAGGUAACCCUGGCGAAAAUGCGGUCCCACGUCUCCUCCUGCGCGAAGGUGCAAGAGCAGAUGGCCAACUGCCCCAAGUUCGUCCCUGUCGUCCCCACGUCCCAGCCCAUUCCCAGCAACAUUCCCAAUCGCUCGACGUUUGUGUGUCCGUACUGCGGGGCCCGCAACUUGGACCAGCAGGAGCUAGUGAAGCACUGCAUGGAGAACCACCGCAACGACCCCAACAAAGUGGUGUGCCCGGUGUGCUCAGCCAUGCCCUGGGGGGACCCGAGCUACAAGAGCGCCAACUUCCUGCAGCACCUCCUGCACCGGCACAAGUUCUCCUACGACACCUUCGUGGACUAUAACAUCGACGAGGAGGCGGCGUUGCAGGCUGCACUCGCCCUGUCCCUCUCCGAGAACUGAAGGCCGCUGCGGAGCAUCGGUUGGACCCACCCGCGCACCCUUUCUCCUCCUGCACACUCGGCCUUCCUGCCGGGGAGCCCCCUGGCCCCUCGGCACCCCCGGAGACCCUCGCCUCCCUCCUGACUUCUCUCUGGGCUGAUCCCACCUUGUUUAAGAAGGUGGAGUCUCUUUAGCAUCGCGCUGGACCGGUGAGUGAGCAGAGACGGCCGCUGUUGGGAGGAGAGCGCUGUCCGUGCUGAAGGACUGGGAUUGUCCCUCGUUUGGGCGUUUCAUAUCCAUAUACGGAGUAUAUACCUGUAUCCAGAUCUAUUUAUUAUUAGAUGCUUUUUGGCACCAUUUGUCUUCAUGCUCUUUGUUGCAAUUUAAUAGGUAUAUAAAACUACGAUGCGUUUUAUGCAAAAAUGCCCUAGUUUUUAAACGGGAAUCAUCCAUGAUCUUUUAAACAAAAACGAAGAAUAUAGCAUGGAGAAUUUUUUUUUUAAACCCCAUAAAGCUGUUUCUGGAGAUGCUGCUCUAUCCCGUCCCCCCCACUGUGGGCAAGAGCUGCCUUGUUUUCCUGCUACUGCACAGGCAAGGCCAAGAGCAGCCUGGGCUGAAAACCGGAGCGAGACUGUUGUCCUCUCGUGCCCUGUGACUCCGGAGGGCUCUGCAGGGAGCCAUGGAUGCUCCUGGCCUCCGGCAUUCAGCAAAACCUUGUGCAUUUUCUACUAGCUCUUGUGAUACGGGGAGUUCUUGCAUUUUUCUACAUUAAUGGGUGUGAUACCUUUUCCAUGUUUUAUAGAGCAGGAACGGAAGCUGUUACUCUUCACACUGCAAUAUCCGUGACCGGGGACAAGAGUAUUUUUAUGGAACGUUAUUAAGAAAGUAUAUUUUUUAAAAAAACAAACGAAUGAACAUGCUGUGGAUUUGCAAUGGGGUGGGAGGGAGAACCUGGGCACUCUGCCUGGGCAAUGGGAAGUGCAUGGGUUUCCCAUUCCAUUAUUGGGCCCUUCUGUUCCUUCGUGUGUUUCCGUGAAGCGAGUGACGUUGCAGGUGAGGCCGGGACAGCGCAGCACCUUGUAGGCAGAGCCUGUUGGCCGGAGGAGCAGGUGAGAGUCGCAGCAAGGCCGUGGGGUCCCUCUGGGGAAGAGAACUGUGCAGAAAGGGGCUGCGGUGAUGGGGAGGGGAAGCAGCUCUGUGUUCCGCAGGAGCCGGCUGCGAUCCUAGCGCAGUUGAGCCUCUCCGGCGCCUUUCCAGGCUCCACGUGUUCUCGCCAGCUGGGGUUGCUGGAGCAGCUCUUGCCCAGCAGGGUCUGCGCUGUAAAACACAGGCCUAAUGUGGACAGAUGGGCUUCCCUCCUCUGCCUGGCGUUUGGCCUCCCGCAUGCUCAAAGUUAAAUGAUGAGCUGUGGUGUUUGAGCACAGAGCCAGGAGCUGGGAAUCCAACCCACAGUGAGAACUCUGCCGGGAAUGGCCUGGAUUUGACUUUCCUCUCUC